AAUCUUGCAUUUAUCACCACUAAUCAACCAGUAACAUAAUUGGCUCCAAGCCGCCGAGCCUUAUCGGAGUGUUUACAAAUAAAUUAUGUCGAAUUAAAAGUUCGAUUAAACGUGUGCUGUCUAAGACUAUUCUAGUGCAUGAGUGUAAACGAUAAGAACUUUUUACGUUAUCUCUUUUUCUUCCUUCUGUGAUUUCUUCCCUUUAAUUUUCGUACAUAAAUUACAAGUGUUUGCAGUCAUUUGCAUAUAAAUAUAUUAAAUAUUAUUGUCGUGAAGUGUGAUAGCUCUGUGUACCUUGAUCGUGCGGAGACGUUUUUAUUAGAUUUUGUUUGCUAGUGUAAUAUGGGUUGUAUUUGGAAGGUUACGAUGCCCUUGUUAAGUACGUUAGCCGCUUUGGUGAUUAUCGUGCACUCUGCCGAAGAAAACUACGAACAAAACUACAGACAGAUAAGACCUAGAGCUUUGGAUUUAACUCAAACGAACUACGACCAGUCAUGGAGGGCUAUAGAAGUAGAACCAGAAACGACACCACUAUCGACAGUUAACCAAGGACAUUGGGAUGAUGAAGGUUCUAAUCAACCAAUGAGACGAAGAAGACGUAAACGGAAGCGACGUCCGCAACAAUCUCUAGAAGACAUUACACCACAAGAAGGUACCUCUUAUCGAGAAGCAUCUCAAGCUCAUCAAGAAGACGUGAUAGAAAUGCCAAGAAGACGCCGAAAGAAAGCUGACUAUCAAGAUUCUAAGGAUCGUAAUCGACCUACUCAUUGGAGCGACGAAGGACUAGAAAGGCCAUUACGAAGACGUGGUCAAAGAAGAAAAAGGCCACCGCUAGAAACAUGGCCAGAAUUAAGCGAAUUUAAUGGAUUUAGACCAGUCGAGCAACCUGAUAGUAGUGAGGAAAUUUUACACGAAAAAGAAACUCGAAUUGACAGCAAUAUAGACAAUAGUCGUAAUGAGGACAGGGAUGAGAAUGAAAAAAUCGAGUCUAAUAUAGAGAUUGAUGAUCAAAGUGAAGCGCAAUUUGUUGAAGUAACAACUCAAAUAAAUCAUAUAAAAAAUAAUUUAAAAUAUGAAGCCAUUUCACACAAAGAUGGACCGCGUUCGGUAAACUUUAUGAAAGCCACAAAACCAAACACAACUUUAAAAGCAACGAAUGAAAAAAAUAUAGAGAAAUUAAGUACUGUAGAUAACAAUGUGGAAAUACCAAAGGAAAACGGACCAUUAGAUCCUUAUACACUAAAGGACAUUCUUAGGAAAUCAAACGGAAAAAGUUUAAGCGAAAUAUUGCAACAAAACAAUUUAUCUUUAGCCGAUUUACUUCAUGGUAAAGAAAAAGCAAUAUCUGUUCUACAACGAAAAGAUGUAAUUGAUGGCCAAGACGCAAGUUCAAUUAAAAGUCAAACUAUGUUUGUGAACAGUAAUAUAAAAUCUGUAGAUCCAGCUGAAAAGAUGUCUGAGUCAGAAGAUCAAGAAAAAACAUUAUAUAACCUAAGCCUUGAAGUUAAAGAAAAUAUAGAAACAACUACAGAUUGCUCCACCAAUACUGAAAGUGUUACUUUUAGUAAUACAGAAAGUUCUGAAAAUUCAGAAACGUUAUUAGUAGAGAGUACUACAAAAUCCUUAUUACGACGUCGAUUCCCCAUAGGUGUUCGAAGAAAAUUACGAAUGAGACCAGCAUUAAACAAUACUUAUAAAGGACAGUUAAGUCGAGAUUUAAUUACGCUAACCUCAUUAAAAUACAAAAACAGCAAAACUUUAACAAAGUCAAAAGAAUGGAAAGAUGUAUUGCCUGCAAUGACGAGGAGAGGUCAAACUAUGACAGAGCCUAAUAUUAAAAUUAUAGAAAAUAAUUCUAAUAUUGUUGUGAAAUUGACAACCACCACGAUUACACCUGAGGAAACAACUACAGAACAAAUAUUCGAAACUACUACUGAUCCUUCUGAUGCAUUUAUAAAUACAGAAAUAUCAUUUUUUACUGACAAUGAAAAAAUUGAAAGUUUAGAGUCUGCUGACACUAAAGGAUUAAAUUUCAAAACAGAAACGCCUUCCCCAACGACAGUUGUAAAUCAAGAUUAUAAUGAAGAUAAAGUCAUAGUUACUGAAAAGCCUGUAAUUGUACCUAUACUACGACCUCAAGUCAAUUCCUCCGAAUUGAGAAGGCAAGCUUACAGCAAUAGAUUAAAAAGGAAACGUCUUAAACAAAAGAUUUCAACUACUGUAUCACCUGAAUUAAACCACCACCACAAGGAACCAGCUGAUCAAGGAUUAAAAAAUAUUUAUGGUACAGCCAAUUAUAUUUCAACUAAUGAGUUUAUUUCUAAAACACAGACAAGAACGACAAAUUAUGACCAGGAAGACGAUUUUUCAACUUUAGAGGAUUUCAUGACUACUGAAGCUUCAAAUACUAUGAACGACAUUACUAAAUCUACAAGAAUACCCCAAAGAAACCAUAGAUUAACGACAUCAACAACGCAAGCUCCAGCCACUACUGGAGAAACUGCUAAAUAUGAAAUAGAUGAAAUUCUCAGUGAUAAUCUAGCUAGUGCAAGACUUUCAAAAAUACUUAAAGAGAGGAAUAUGACUUUGAGAGAGUUAGUGGAACAUAGAGAAAGGGGCUCUAGUCAUAUACAUUUGGCAGAUAUAUUUCACAAUACAUCGAAAGAACCUAAUCCGCCAGAACCAUUUUUGUCGAAGUCGCUUAUAGAACCGAUUUCGAAGGAAACAUAUCCUCUUAGAGCUCUGUUAGAAGCAAAUUCAUACGAUCCUAAAACUACGACUUUUGAACCCAAUCUAAAUGCAACAAACAAUUUAAACAUUCCAGUAGUGAUGGAUUUCGGUAACAAUGUCAAUGAAAACGGUGAAAAUAUGGGUAUCAUAUCGCUGUUUAAAAAUUUUAGUCGAAUAGAUAGUGAAGGACAAAGUCUGUACGAUGAUAGGAAAAAAGUAUUUGAAACCAAUUCAGAUGAUGCCGAUGUUUCGAAUCACGAGGCAACGAGAGAAGGUCGUCUAUUAAACUCUGAAAAAGAUUUAAUAACAUGGAAUGACUUAAUAACUCUAAUGCAACAGAGUCAUCAAAACGAAAAUCUUGGAGUAAAUAAACAUUCAAGAGAUGAUCUGGCUAUAUCUGACACAUUGAAAAAAAAUAAUUUGGAAAAUGAAAUUGAUGGUGACAGCUUAACAGUAUUAGAAGAUAUACAAAAAUUAAAAGACUUUGAUAGCCGAAUAACAUCUGAUGAAUUAUUAGAAAUGAAAUUAUUCGAAAAUGUUGAAUUAACACAAACACCUAGUGCAACAAGUACAGUUUCUAAUAAUACCAAAUCAGUAACUGUAGCUACAGCAAGUAUAAUUGGAUUAGUUCUCAUUCUCUUUUUAUUAACAUAUGCUAUUCUGAAAUGGAAGCAACAAAAUAAAAUGUUCCAAAAGAAACAUGCUAAAGAAGAAGAGUGCGUACCAACUCCUAUUUUUGAAAAUCGAAAAGGUCACAAAAUCAAUAGCAGUACUCGUAGUAAGAGUCCUAUGAUUUCUUCAAACGUAUAUGCUAUUGAUUCAAUUGAUACUCGUGCUAGAAGUGAAUCACCUGAAUAUAUGUGGGACACUUUAAGAAAGCCAUUUCAAUAGAUUUAGCAGAAUUUUAGUUAAUGUUUAGACUGAAUUUAAACAUAAUUCUUAAUAUUUAUUAAAUUUGU